AUGUCCGCCUACAGCGGCCGCCGCGGGCCCAACGUGUCCCAUUUCAUCGCCAGCCUGAACGCGGUGCAGCCGCAGCAGGAGCCGCCGCUCAACGAGCCGGUCAACGUCGGGGACGAGUUCGACAUGUUCAUGAACACCGACUUCUUUGAGAACUUGGACGGCGGCACCGGCAACGUCGACCUGAACGCGCUGCCAGAUUUCGACCAGACAAGCCCCACAAACACACACAAGGGCAAUAGCAACGGUGCACGCCAGGAAAAUAUGGAUUUCAGUCUGAAUAGCGACUUCCAGUUUGCCGAUUUCUCCAACUUCCCCAACGCCAUCAAUGUCGAUCCAUUGAUGAAAAUUCCGCCGCAUGCGCAGCCUAGCUACGCUGUCCCGCCUACCUACACCUCGCCAGUGUCGUCCGCAGUAUCUCCUGCCACUCACGGAUUCGAUCACCCUGCUGGUAAGAAGCGCAAGCUCGAUCACGCCGAGUCCCACAGCCAACAGGCAAUAGAUGAGGCGGCCCGCGUCGCAGCUGAAGAGGACAAGCGUCGGCGGAACACGGCCGCGAGCGCACGCUUCAGAAUCAAGAAGAAACAGCGCGAGCAGGCACUCGAGAAGACAGCAAAGGAAAUGUCGGACAGAGUCAGCGUCUUAGAGUCCCGUAUUCAGCAGCUCGAGACGGAAAACACUUGGCUCAAAGGGCUCAUUACGGAGAAGAGCGGCGGCAAGGCGUCCGCAUCGGAGAUCAAGGCGAUGCUGAACAAGCAUGAGGAGAGCAAUACCGAGCGGAGUAGCGGAAACAGGACCGAUGGCGUUGGAACCAAAGCCGACGAUUCGAAGGCUUAG